AUGGCUUGGGAUGGAGGAAUCGAGCCCAAUGGCACAGAGGGCAAGAACUUCUACAUCCCCAUGUCCAACAGGACUGGGAUUGUAAGAAGUCCUUAUGAAUACACACAGUACUAUUUGGCAGAUCCCAUAUGGUUCAAGCUUCUAGCUUUUUACAUGUUUUUCCUGAUCUGCACUGGAACUCCCAUCAACGGUCUGACAUUGUUUGUAACGGCCCAGAACAAGAAGCUCCGGCAACCUCUCAACUACAUCCUGGUCAACCUGGCUGUGGCCGGACUGAUCAUGUGCGGCUUUGGUUUUACCAUCACCAUCACAUCUGCUGUUAAUGGCUACUUCAUUCUUGGACCCACUGCCUGUGCUAUUGAGGGAUUCAUGGCCACACUUGGAGGUGAAAUUUCUCUUUGGUCACUGGUGGUCCUGGCUAUUGAAAGAUACAUCGUCGUCUGCAAACCCAUGGGAAGCUUCAAGUUCAGUGGAACUCAUGCUGGAGCUGGAGUCGCUUUCACCUGGGUUAUGGCCUUUGCAUGCGCUGGACCUCCACUGAUGGGCUGGUCCAGGUACAUUCCUGAGGGUAUGCAAUGCUCCUGUGGACCUGAUUACUACACUCUGGCCCCAGGCUACAACAAUGAAUCAUACGUCACCUACAUGUUUGCCGUCCACUUCUUUACUCCCGUCUUCAUCAUUUUCUUUACUUACGGAAGCCUUGUGCUGACUGUCAAAGCUGCUGCAGCCCAGCAGCAGGACUCAGCCUCCACCCAGAAAGCCGAGAAGGAAGUGACACGCAUGUGCGUCUUGAUGGUCUUCGGUUUCCUGUUAGCUUGGGUGCCAUAUGCCACUUUCGCCGGUUGGAUUUUCCUUAACAAGGGAGCUUCCUUCUCUGCCCUGACAGCAGCUAUUCCCGCCUUCUUUGCAAAGAGCUCAGCUCUGUUUAAUCCUAUCAUCUAUGUGCUGUUUAAUAAACAGUUCCGUAACUGCAUGCUGAGCACUGUUGGAAUGGGUGGCAUGGUGGAGGAUGAGACCUCAGUUUCUGCCAGCAAGACAGAGGUAUCCUCUGUCUCUUAA